AUGAAGUUCUCAUCGUCCUUGCUGGCAUUCGCUGGCCUCACCACAGCGCAAUGGGAUAUCCCACUCUCAUCCCCGCUACAGCAGAUUCUUUCCCAGGCCGGCCAGGGACCUCUAUACACAUACCCGACGUCUCUCACCCAGGGGAUCAUCCCCAAGAGUUUCCACAGCCACAACGACUACUGGCGUCCCAUCCCCUUCUAUUCCGCCCUCUCCGUCGGCGCCACGAGCGUGGAAGCAGACGUCUGGCUCGUGAACGGCACCCUCUACGUCGGCCACGAAAUCAGCGCUCUUAAGAAGGAGAGAACUUUCGAUUCGCUCUACAUUCAACCGAUCUUGUCUACUGUACGCGCUGAAAAUCCAAAUACGACGUUCGUUACCAGUCCUACGAAGAAUGGUGUGUACGAUACGAAUUCGGGACAGACGCUCUACCUGUUUGUGGAUGUCAAGACGGACGGUGCGACGACUUGGCCGGCCGUAGUCAAGGCUCUGCAGCCGCUUCGUUCUGCUGGGUAUCUUACGACGGUCAACGGCACUGAAGGUGUCACCUCCGGACCUGUGACGGUGAUUGGAACGGGAAAUACGCCUUUGAACCAGGUGCAAGGCGUCACGCCUCGGGACUACUUCUACGACGCUCCCAUCCCCACUCUGAAUUCUUCCUUCAGCAACAUCACGGCCAGCGUCUCUCCGAUCGCCAGUACCGACUUCGCGGUCCAGUUCGGCAAUGUCAGGAAUGAGACUUUCAAUGCGACGCAGAUGGCUUUGCUGAAUGCACAGGUCAAGACGGCGCACGAUAAGGGUAUUAUGGUGCGCUACUGGGACCAACCUGGCUGGCCCGUCGGCACCCGAAAUGCAGUGUGGAGGACGCUGUGGAACGCAGGUGUGGAUUUGCUGAAUGUGGAUGAUCUCGAAGGUGCUGCCAACUUCUGGCAGAACCAGGGCUAG